AAACUUAAAGUUGUUUAGUAGUAUUAUAUAUAUAUACACACACUUUGAGCAAAACUCCAUACGUUUUCUCAUUUCCUUGUAACCCCUUCCUUAUUAAAGAUUUUGGCUUGUUUGGUGAAUCUCUUUUGAUAUGUUGUUCUAUUAAUAGCAUCAUCAUCCACUGGCUAAUUUUUAAUAGUACCAUUUUAGUUUCUUUUUCUUCAUCAUUAUUAGGGUUCGAUUCUGAUCUAUACUUAUUUUGCUUCAUUCUUACAUAUCUUUUGUAAACAACGUCAUUAGAAAAGCCUUAACUAUCGCGGUUAUCGUCACUCUUCUAGGAGGGAGAGAUGAGAAAGCAGGUUGUUUUGGCCAAGCCUUUCUCGUUGGAAGAUGAGAAAGACUCUGAAAACACACCUCCCAAUCUCAUCCAACGGAUCCUAAGCCUCUUCAAAAACGUACGGCCAGGAUCCGAUCUCUCUAAUUUUCAGCUUCCACCUCAAAUGAACCUACCGAGAUCGCAGCUGCAAUGCUAUGGCGAGAUAGUGUACAGUUUAGAUGGUCACGAUCUACUCGGAGAAUGUGGUCGUCGUGAUCAACCAAUCGAACGGCUCAAAUCAGUCGUGACGUGGUACAUCUCAACUCUCCGGCCAUUGAUAUUUGGCAUGGCUCCCUACAAUCCUGUCAUCGGCGAAACUCAUCACGUGUCCAAUGCUCACAUCAAUGUUCUCGUAGAGCAGAUAUCGCAUCAUCCACCAGUGUCAGCUCUUCAUGCAACUCACGAGAAAGAAAACAUAGACGUAAUGUUAUGUCAAUACUUCACACCUAAAUUUCGUGGAGCUUACGUGGAGGUUGAGGUGAAGGGUAAAAGAGUUGUGAAACUUGUCAAUCACAAAGAGACUUACGUAAUGAACCAACCAAAACUACUGAUGACAUUUCUACCGGCGAUGGGAGCUCAUUGGGCUGGAAAAAUCUUAAUAAAGUGUCCGGAGACGAGACUCGAAGCCGAAUUGCAAUUAGUCUCCGAUUCCUUUGUCAGUAGAUUCACAGGAAACAACAAAAGAGCCAUUAAAGGCAAGAUCUUUGAAUCUUCCUCUAGGAAACAACUCUAUGAAAUAUUUGGACAUUGGGACAGAACUGUUACCGCGAAAAACACCAAGACCGGAGAGCUUGAAGUUAUAUACAAAGCGAGUGAAAACAUUGCAAAGCUCAAAACUCCCAUUGUCAAGAACAUGCAGGAGGUGAGUGAGAGUGAGUCGGGGGUGGUGUGGGGUGAGGUUAGUGAAGGAAUCAUGACGAAAGAUUGGGAGAAAGCAAGAGAAGCUAAGAGAGAUGUGGAGGAGAAGCAGAGGGAGUCUUUGAGGAAAAGAGAGGCUCUUGGACAAUCAUGGAUUCCCAAACAUUUCUCAGUUGCUCGAACUGGUAAGGACUGGGACUGUGUUCCUCUACAGCCUACAGUUCCUCGAGCUCCUAUCAUUGUUCCUCUCUGAUUCAGCUGAUUCUCUGUAAAGGUUCCUACAAGAUGUAAGUGCUUAUGAGAUGUGUGAAGCACAGAGAAAACAAAUUAAUAUGGUAUAUCAUUAAUUUUGUUUUUAUUUUAUUUUCUUUUGUGGUUAUCUAUCGUUAUUGGUUAGAACUUUAGACGUCUGAUAUUCACAUAACUAUUAUUCAAUUUUUGUGUUUAUGUAAAUUUUACAGUUACUCAUCACAUUAAUGAUUAAUCCGUGAUUCUUGUA